CGGCUUUCGGAACGUAACGUAACUCUUCUUCAACGCUAACGCAUCCCUGGCUAUAGUAUCCAUGGCUGCCAGUUUGUUGACUUUUGUGUUCUGUGCCCUACAACAUUUAACAAUACCACUGAACUCCUCCAGUCUCAAAAUGUAUGACAAAUAAUUGGAACCACUGGGCCUCGGUUUAUUCAAGCUUAAGCACUACUGAAGUAAGAUUUCAAAAUGGUGCAUAUUCCAGUAACGUAUCAACAUGAUUAUUGGAUCCAAAAUGAAAAUCAAUCAGUGGAACUUACUUGUCUUUUGCCCACUGGAGUACUCAUUCCUCUUGAAGUUAACAAAAAUGCAACACUUCAAGAAGUCAAAGAGGAUUUGUGGGAUGAAGCUAGUAAAUAUCCAUUGCAUGGUAUGCUUCACGAUGCAUCAUUUUAUGUCUUUGCGUGCAUCAAUUCUAUGGCCGAAACUGAAGAAUUGGUUGAUGAAAACCGCCGCCUUUGUGAUGUAAGACCAUUUUGCUGUAUUUUACGAGUAGCCCAACGAGUUGGUGACAAGGCUGACAAAGUUAUCAAUAAUCAGAUAAGUCAUCUAAUCGGCAAAGGUCUUCAUGAAUUUCAAGCUUUAAAAAAUUCAGAGAUAAAUGAUUUUAGAUGGAAAAUGAAGAACUUAGGUGAUGAAGUCGCAAGAACACGAGUCAACAAAUCUUGGUUGGAGAGAUUGUAUUAUCAAUUUCCUCCCAGACUUGCCGACCCUGGUAUAGAACUGCCACAGAAUGUAACUUCUCGACUAAGGGAGGGAAGCUUUGUGUUAGUGACUCGAUUUCAAAAUACUGAAACUUCCUUUACGUUUAAUGUAUCAUAUAACACCAAACCACAACAAUUAGUUGCUCAAAUCUUGAACAAAAAGUCAUUGACUUUAGCUACAAGUGGGGAGCAAGUCCAGAACUAUGUUUUAAAAGUUUGUGGUCAAGAUGAAUACCUUGUUGGUGAUGUGCCUCUUCUACAGUUCCUUUACAUUCAAGAAAUGAUAGCACGGGACCUAUAUCCAGUUGUAGUGACAGUUGAAAUUGAUAGUAUUCCAGUUGACAGAGGAAGUAGUAAUGACACAGAAAAUCAAGAAAUGCAGAGGACUCGGCAACCAUCCUCUACCAGCACUCAGCGCAAAAAAGGAAAGCAUCUUUCCUCAUGGUCUAUCAACGAGCCAUUUCAAUUUGAAGUGAAAGAAAUUUCAAGAUUAAAUUGUAACGUGCAUCGUCCAGUUGAGGUAGUGGUUCAGGCUGGUCUAUUUCAUGGUGGAAAAUCAUUAUGUCAGUCUCAAAAAACUCAGGAAAAGGCUGUAGUUGAAAGUACAGCAAAGUUUGAAGAAUGUCUACAAUUUGAUAUCUUGGUUUCAAACAUCCCUAGAAUGGCUAGACUCUGCCUCGUAGUCUAUGAAAUAUCUAAAAGUUCGAAAGGUGUGAGAUCUAGAAGACUGAAGGAUUCAAAACAGGAACUGUAUAUUGUUCCCCUCGCGUGGGUCAAUACUACAGUUUAUGAUUUCAAAAACCAAAUGAAUACUGCUACAACACUAUACAUGUGGACGUAUGCGGAAGAUAUACAAACCGAUGACCUGCUUCAUCCCCUAGGCACAGUGGUUUCCAAUCCUUCUGGAAGUCAUGCAACUCAAUUGACAUUAGCUUUUAAAAAGUAUCAUGCAGAUCACACUGUUGUUUACCCAUCUAUUGAGAAAGUUCUGGAAUUUGCUGAAAGCAAAGGAGAACUCAUGCGGGGAUGUGACAAAUCGGAACCUUCGAACUCUAACAAGCAAUAUCUAGAAACUUUAAGAUCAAAUGUUGAAACGGAUCCUGCUUAUGAAAUGCAUGAACAAGAAAGAAAAAGGGUGUGGGAGCUGCGUUAUGAUUGCAUGAAACUUAUGCCCCAUCAACUACCGAUGCUUCUAACUUGUGUUGAGUGGAACGACCAAAAGGAGAUUGCUGAAGCAACAGCAUUAUUACAAUAUUGGCCUAAGUUACCUGUUGAAAAAUCAUUAGAGCUCCUGGAUUAUGCCUAUGCAGAUCAGACGGUCCGAAAUUUUGCUGUGAAGUGCUUGCGAGAUGUGAGUGAUGAGGACCUGUCAUUGUAUCUUCUUCAACUUGUGCAGGCUCUGAAACAUGAGUCUUAUUUGUCCUGUGAUCUAGUAGAGUUCUUAUUACGGCGAGCUCUCAACAAUCAAAAGAUAGGUCACUUUCUAUUCUGGCAUUUGAGAUCAGAAAUGCAAGUAGCCUCAGUUUCUGUCCGAUUUGGUUUAAUUCUAGAGGCUUACUGUCGUGGUAGCCAAGAACACAUGCGUUUAUUGGUCAGACAAAUAGAGUGCCUUGAGAAGCUUAAGGUUACCAGUGAUGAAAUGGUAAGAAGUCGCAAGGAUAAGGAUAAAGCUAAGCAAUUUCUCCAAGACCGCCUUAAAGAACCUCACUGCCAAGAUGCCCUUUCAAAAGUUUUAAGUCCUCUUGACCCAAGAUAUCGAUGCAAAAAAGUCAGGGUUGAAAAAUGUAAAGUUAUGGACAGCAAAAUGAGACCUUUAUGGGUAGUGUUUGAAAACGAUGAUCCUUAUGGAGAUGACAUUUAUGUUAUUUUUAAAAAUGGAGAUGAUUUGCGCCAAGAUAUGUUAACUCUUCAAAUGAUUCGUAUUAUGGAUAAAUUGUGGAAGAAUGAGGGUUUGGAUCUGAGGAUGAACCCGUAUGGCUGCAUUUCAACAGACCACAAAGUGGGCCUCAUUGAAGUGGUCCUGAAUGCUGAGACAAUAGCAAACAUUCAAAAAGAUAAGGGAAUGCUUUCGGCAACAUCUGCCUUUGAAAAGGGUUCCUUGCUUGCAUGGUUGAAAGACUACAAUCAAUCAGAGACCAAGUUAAACAAAGCAAUUGAACAAUUCACACUCUCAUGUGCUGGGUAUUGUGUAGCUACCUAUGUACUUGGUGUUGCAGACAGGCAUUCAGAUAACAUUAUGGUGAAGAAAACUGGACAGCUCUUUCACAUUGAUUUUGGUCAUAUUUUGGGUCAUUUCAAGGAAAAGUUUGGUAUCAAAAGAGAAAGGGCCCCAUUUGUUCUUACUCAUGAUUUCGUCCAUGUGAUAAACAAAGGACAGGCCAAGAAAGAAAAAGCGCUCGAAUUUCAGAUUUUUCAAAAUACUUGUGAGAAGGCGUUUUUAAUUCUGAGGAAGCACGGUGGACUUAUCUUAUCUCUCUUUGCCAUGAUGAUAUCCACAGGAUUACCAGAACUCAGUUCGGAAAAGGAUCUUAAUUAUUUGAGGGACACACUGGUUUUGAACAAAACUGAACAAGAAGCGUUAGCCCACUUCCGUGCCAAAUUUGAUGAAGCCCUUGCUAAUUCAUGGAAAACAUCGCUUAACUGGGCAUCGCACAAUGUUGCCAAGAACAACAAACAAUAAGGAAGCGAUAGUUCUUGUUGCUGGUGAAUAUGUACUGUAGCAAUGUUUUUAUAACAACCCCCUGUUUCUCUUUGAUGUGUGAAGAAAGAAGCACAAUGUUUUGUUAGAAAGUUAUGUGUGUCCCCUAGUUCAAUAGAGUGAAAUAUUCUUUUAUUAUUAGCAUAUGGUGCUGAAAGGUGAAGAAACUGGUCUGUAAAAUCAGUGUAUUAACUUGGUUGUCUUUGUUUUUGUGCUCUUGUUAAUAUUAUAGUAAUUUUAUGGUGGACACAACACUUGACUCUUAUGAUGACCGUAGCAUAUGUACAUACACAGGGUAAAUUAGAUGUAUGGAUUUUUUUAAUGAUUAUUAUAAACAGCACUAGUCAUUAAAUCAUGAACAUAAUAAUAAUAAUAAAUAGUUAAUGUAGCAGAAACUUGUCUCAAUUUUUUUUUUGAUCAUAUUUAAUUGACAAUUUGGUGAUAUUGGUCUAAGUGAUGACAUUUCAUAUAAUUUUAAUAGAAUGAAAUUAGUUCUUGCAUUGCUUUUUGUUUUACUUUGUGUCAUAUGCUGCAUUUGCAGAGGUGACCAAUCAUUACAAAGAUGUGAGACUAUAGCUUGCCUUUAUGUUGUAUUGUGCUACACAAGGGACCUCAUUUGUGAGCCUAGGUUUUUUCUUCAAAAUUGGAAGCAUGUACUCACAACUAUUUAUUAGUCUGAUUGAAGAAGCAUUUGUGGAUAUUUGAUACAACUACUUACAAAUGUCUACAUUUUAUCAAUUUCAAAUGUGACCAUCUUAAGAAUGAAUUAUUUAUUUAGCAAGAACUUUCGUCAAGAAAAACAGUGGGCCUGUAGUUUUUUGUUUGUUUGAUGUUUUCACUUCCUCUAAAACGAAUUGAAUCCUUUUUGUUAUGAGAGCACUUCUCAUCUUUUAGUUUUCAAAUUUCUUUGCAUUAGAAACUGUUAUCGUAAGCCUAUUUUUAUCUUAUUCCCACUAGUUCCAGCAUCAAAGUGUUCAGUUUUGGUGUCUAAUUCCGUUUAUUGCUGUGGUUUUUGUUUCAACUCUCUUUUUUCUUGUUCUUUUCCCAAAAGUUGCUCAGCAAUAUAUAACUGGUUAGCAAUAAUUUUCUGUAAGCUCUUUGACAGAAGCUGAAAGAAUUGCAGUGAAACUUUCCUUUAAGUGUCACCUAUACUCAGAAUUAUUGAAAUUUUCUCCCCAUACAAAGUUUUCUUUUGCCUGCCACCCAACCGUGUCCCAUUUUAGCAAAGCUUCCUUCCCCUUUCGUUCUUGAGAACGGGAAAUAUGUAUCAGUGGGUCAAAAUAUAAAAGAUUUUACAGGUCUUUCAUCUUACAACUGUGCACUAAGCACUAUUUUUUUACUACUUCACCUGCCAGUCCUAGUGUGUGUUUUCCAUUUGUGGUGAAGAGAAGCACUUCAGUGCCAUAAACAUAUAGAUACUCAAAUGUGCCUUAGUUGAAUUCUCCCAUCUUUUUACUUAAUUUGACAUGAGGUUUAGGAAAUGGAGAGCAGCCUGACAAUGUUUCUCUCAUAGUUCUGUUCAACAUUUUAGGAUUUUUUUAUUUACAUGUAUACAUCAAGAACUGUUGGUUGAUGUGUAUAACUUGUAUCUUGCUCAUUUAGUUUCAGUUAUUAUUCGUUAACAUUUUGACCUUUGUGUUUGUUUUUUGGUUGUCUCUAUUGCAGAGGUUUGAGGAAACUGCAUCAAUGACUCACCUCAGUUGUAAUCAUUUUCUCACUGGUAGUUCUGUGAGUCAUAAAUGUACAAAAACGAACUUUGAAGGAAUGAUGACAGUUCAGAACUGAUGUCACCUGGUGUAACAUGCUUUGAAGAUGCUGCUGUUUCAUUUUCAAUUGAGAGAUACAAUGCUUUCUGAAAAGGAUCUCCAAUUCAUUGACUGCUUGUAAUCAGCUGCAGCCCUGAUAGGAACUGCUCCUUAUUGUGGACUUUAUUCCUCUCAUUGAAAUGCUGUAUCCCAUCCCUACAAUCAACUUAAUCAUUAGGUGCUCUUAACAUUCAGUUUGUGUGCUUUACUUUUUUUUUCGUUUUGUUUUGUGUGUAUGUAUGUGUGUAUGUGGAUAGGUGUAUAUGGUUGCGUAUGCGCUUCUUAUAAUUCUUGGAAAGUUAUAUUGAUUCUCAGUUGUAAAUACCAACCUUUUUGUUUGGUAUUUCCAGCUGAGAAUGGCAACAUGUGAUGCUCUGUAUACUUUUAUAUCAUAAAAUAAUAUCUUUAUGUAAUGUGCCAUGAUAUGGGUUUGAUGGCUGAAACAAAAUAAGGAAAAAACUGCAAAUUGCCAAUUGUGACUGUGGUUGCCUCACCGCCACAUGAGCAUGAGGGGGUUAUUGCAUUCAGAAUUAUCAAUUUUGGUGAUAGGAAGAUGUCAUAUUUUGAAAUGAUUCAAAAUCUCUGAAUGCAUUUAUUGAGACAACUUAAACACUACCAAUUUGAAAUAGACCUGUGAAAUUAUAGGUUACUUGUGGCAGAAUUCAUGA